AUGAGGACCCCUGAUGCGCACGUUAUCGCGAGCAUGGAAGACCAGCCGAUUUUGAAUGCCGCCUUCAACCAGGACUCGGCCUGUUUUGCCAUCUGUCACAACCGUGGCUUCCGCGUCUAUGUCACCGACCCCAUGGACCUGCGUGUACAGCGAGAGUUUGAUGAUGGUGGAAUAGGCGUGAUCCAGAUGCUGCACCGAACCAACUACCUGGCUGUAGUUGGAGGGGGUAGCAACCCGAAGUUCCCGCAGAACAAGCUCGUCAUCUGGGACGAUCUCAAGUCCAAACCAGCGCUAUCGUUGGAGUUUCUGUCGCCCGUUUUAAACGUUUUGCUGAGCCGGACCAAGAUUGUGGUGGUGCUCCAGAACAAGGUCCACGUCUACGCAUUUUCGUCGCCACCGUCGCGAAUCUCCACUACCGAUACAGCCGACAACCCGCAUGGCAUUGCCGCUUUCUCGGGAGACACGGUCGUGUUCCCAUCGCGCACUCCAGGUCAGAUCCAGGUAGUCGACCUCAGCCAGGAAGGACAAGCUAGAAAUCUCGUGUCAAUCAUCAGAGCACACAAGUCGCCUGUUCGGUGUGUCACCUUAUCUGCCGACGGGUCUGUGGUGGCCAGUUGCUCUGACAAUGGUACAUUGGUGAGACUACACUCAACGUCAAACACGGCUUUGCUACAUGAGUUCAGGCGAGGUCUGGACCGAGCUGUCGUCUAUAACAUGGCAUUUUCGCCCAGUGGAUCGCGACUGGCUGUUCUGUCAGAUAAGAACACCAUGCAUGUGUUCGAUACGAGUGCUUCCGCAUCUGGAGCCGCAGGAGCAGCCAACAGACGCCAUGUUUUGGGUAAGGUGCCGCUACUUCCAUCAUAUUUUUCCGGCGAGUGGUCAUUUGUGUCUGCAAGAGUCCAGGGCCAACAUGGAGUUCUUGGCUGGUCAUCCGAAACCUCUGUUGUCGUUGUGUGGAUCUCCGAGGCUCGCUGGGAAAAGUACGUGAUUGUGGAGAAAAAGCCCGUGGAGGGUUCCGGUAAGGACCAGCCUGGAUGCGAGCUUGUGCGUGAGGCAUGGCGAGCCUUCAAGGACCUGUAG